AUGCGCGCUGGUAUGUCCUUGGACGACCCUAGUAGUAGACGCCAAAGCUACCGUGCUAAAAAAGAAGAGAAUAGAAAGGAAUUGAAACAUGUGAAGAUCGAUGCCGAAGUGGUAGCAGAAAAAGUUGAACUGCCCAAAAAGAGAUAUUACCGUCAGAGAGCACACUCGAACCCAUUUUCAGACCACCAGCUAGAAUAUCCAUUGAGUCCGAAUGAUAUGGAUUGGAGAAAAUUGUAUCCUUACUUCUAUGACGAAUCUAAGGGAGACAUGACCAAAGAAGUGACAAUCGCAGACAUUGGGUGUGGAUUUGGAGGCCUCCUGAUUGAUCUCUCUCCGGCAUUUCCUGAUAAACUAAUUCUUGGUAUGGAGAUUCGUGUUCAGGUUACCAAUUAUGUCGAAGACAGAAUAAUAGCGCUGCGAGCAAACAAUGUUAAGACCAAUGCUUAUCAAAACAUUAAUGUUCUAAGAGGAAACGCCAUGAAAUUCUUACCUAAUUUCUUCCAUCAGGCUCAAUUAGAGAAAAUGUUCUUCUGUUUCCCAGAUCCACACUUUAAGCAAAGAAAGCACAAAGCCAGAAUCAUCACCAACACAUUGUUAAGCGAGUAUGCUUAUGUUUUGAAGGAAGGCGGUAUAAUCUACACUAUUACAGACGUAUUGGACUUGCAUGAGUGGAUGGCCAAGCACUUGACGGAGCACCCAUUGUUUGAGAGGCUAUCUCAAGAAUGGGAAGAUCAAGAUGAGUGUGUCAAGAUCAUGAGACAUGCGACAGAAGAAGGAAAAAAAGUUGAGAGGAAAAAAGGUGACAAGUAUGUUGCAUGUUUUAAGAGGCUUCCUACUCCGGAAAUCAUUUAA